CAUAUGAGGGCAUGAAUGAAGCUGAAGGACUCAUUCCUUGCUUCUCAUAGUCAAUAGAGGAAGAGCUGUUGGCUUGAAAGCAGGAAGAGAUUGCCUGUCUUCCAGCCAAAUCCAGCCUCCAAAAUGAUUGAAGUUCUCUUGGUAACUAUAUUCUUAGCAGUUUUUCCUUAUCAAGGGAGCUCUAUAAUCCUGGAAUCUGGGAAUGUUAAUGAUUAUGAAGUAGUGUAUCCACGAAAAGUCACUGCAUUGCCCAAAGGAGCAGUUCAGCCAAAGUAUGAAGACGCCAUGCAAUAUGAAUUUAAGGUGAAUGGAGAGCCAGUGGUCCUUCACCUGGAAAAAAAUAAAGGACUUUUUUCAGAAGAUUACAGCGAGACUCAUUAUUCCCCCGAUGGCAGAGAAAUUACAACAUACCCCCUGGUUGAGGAUCACUGCUAUUAUCUUGGACGCAUCCAGAAUGAUGCUGACUCAACUGCAAGCAUUAGUGCAUGCAACGGUUUGAAAGGACAUUUCAAGCUUCAAGGGGAGAUGUACCUUAUUGAACCCUUGAAGCUUCCCGACAGUGAAGCCCAUGCAGUCUUCAAAUAUGAAAAUGUAGAAAAAGAGGAUGAGGCCCCCAAAAUGUGUGGGGUAACCCAGAAUUGGGAAUCAGAUAAGCUCAUCAAAAAGGCCUCUCAUUUAGAUGUUACUGCUGAACAACAAAGAUUCCCCCAAAGAUACAUUGAGCUUGUCAUAGUUGCGGAUCACAGAAUGUUCACGAAAUACAACAGCAAUUUAAAUACUAUAAGAAUAUGGGUACAUGAAAUUGUCAACACUAUAAAUGUGUUUUACAGAUCUUUGCAUAUUGUUGUCUCACUGACUGACCUAGAAAUUUGGUCCAACCAAGAUCAGAUCAACGUGCAGUCAGCAGCAGCUGAUACUUUGGAAGCAUUUGGAGAAUGGAGAGAGACAGUCUUGCUGAAUCGCAUAAGUCAUGAUAAUGCUCAGUUACUCACGGCCAUUAACUUCCAAGAAAAUAUUAUAGGAAGAGCUUACACAGACAGCAUGUGCGACCCGAGGAAAUCUGUAGGAAUUAUUACGGAUCAUAGUGCAAUAAAUCUUUGGGUUGCAGUUACAAUGGCCCAUGAGCUGGCUCAUAAUCUGGGCAUUAGUCAUGAUGGAAAUCAGUGUCAUUGCGAUGCUGACUCAUGCAUUAUGAGUGAAGAACUAAGUGAAGAACUUUCCUUUGAGUUCAGCGAUUGUAGUCUGAAUCAAUAUCAGACGUAUCUUACUGAUCAUAACCCACAAUGCAUGCUCAAUGAACCCUUGAGAACAGAUACAGUUUCUAGAAAUGAACUUUUGGAGGCGGGAGAAGAAUGUGACUGUGGCUCUCCUGCAAAUCCAUGCUGCGAUGCUGCAACCUGUAAACUGAGACCAGGGGCACAGUGUGCAGAAGGACUGUGUUGUGACCAGUGCAAAGUCGGCAGCAAUGGACAGUGUAUUGAUGUGACUACAGCCUACUAAACAACCGCUGGCUUUUCUCAGAUUUGAUUUCUUCCAUAAGGUUCAACUUCCCUCAAGUCCAAAGAGACCCAUCUGCCUGCAUCCUACUAGUAAAUCACCCUUAAUUUCCAGAUGGCAUCUAAAUUCUGUAAUAUUUCUUCUCCAUAUUUAAUCUGUUUACCUUUUGCUGUAAUCAAACCUUUUUCUCGCCACAAAGCUCCAUGGGCAUGUACAACACCAACGACUUAUUUGCUGUCAAGAAAAAAAAUGGCCAUUUUACCAUUUGCCAAUUGUAUAGCACAUUUAAUACAACAGGUUCUGCCUUUUGAGCUGGUGUAUUCAAAGUCAAUGCUUCAUCUCCCAAAAUUUCAUGCUGGCUUUCCAAGAUGUAGCUGCUUCCAUCAAUAAACUCACUAUUCUCAUUCUG